GGCACUAGUGGUGGUGCUGUGGUAGUGCUGGUGGUGCCAAACACCGAAAGCACACUUGCACCUGGCAAUCAUGCGUGGUGGUGGGAUCACGUUCUCGAAAUUUCACUACAAAUUUCCUAGGAAACCCAGACCGACAGAGAAAUCGGAGAUGCAAGCGACGAUCCAUCCGUCGGCAUCGUUCGAUGAAGAACGAGCCGCAGAAUCGCUCGAACGAGCGAUGAGAGGAUAUGGGACGGACAAACAGCGUGUAGUCGAUAUUCUCGUCAAAUGUAAUAAUGCUCAACGUCAAAUGAUACGCACCCCGUACAAGACGCGCUAUGGUAAAGAUCUCGAAGCUGAGCUAAAGAGGGAACUUUCUGGAGAUCUCGAAGAUGUAAUCAUUGCCUUGAUGCAAACACCAACAAAACGAGACGUCAUGGAUUUGCAUAAAGCUGUAAAAGGAUUUGGCACAAACGAACGAGUAUUGAUUGAAAUUCUAUCGUCUCGAACAAAUGAAGAAAUCCAAGCUAUACGGAACACUUAUUACACAACUUUUGACCGAUCAUUGGAAGAAGCAAUCUCUGGCGAUACUUCUGGAGAUUUUCGCCGACUAUUGAUGAUACUUAUACAGGGCAAUCGUGACGAGAGCAGCAUUGGCGAAUAUCACAAAGCUGUACAGGAAGCACACAACAUUUUGAGAUGUUCUGACAGGAGAGGCUCUGCUGACAAAUUUGAUGCAUACAAAGUGCUGGCCACAUCGAAUGCAAAUCACGUUGGUUAUUUGAUCUCGGAAUUCGAAAGCGUUGCUGGAUAUCCCAUUGAAAAAGCGAUCGAGAAGGAUUUCAACGGUGACACGAAGAAUCUGCUGUUGGCCCUCGUGAUGGUCGCUCAAAGCAAACCAAAAUACUUUGCCCAUCAGAUCUACAGUGCUACCAAGGGAAUCAACACCCGUGACAAGGAUUUGAUCCGUGUUUUGGUUUCCCGAGCAGAAAUUGACCUGGGAGCUAUUCAGUCGGAAUAUGAGAGACUCUUCAAUAAAUCGCUUUUGCAGGUGAUCCGCGAUGAAUGCAAAGGUGCGUAUCGAGAUGCACUGACAAGUAUUGUGAAAGGAAACAGAAGCUACACUUACGUAAACUAACGUCACCAUCAACAUACAUCAUCUAACACGAAAUUCACUUAUGUAGACAUAUUGUAUGCGCUUUUAUCGAUUCUUUCUGAGCAUUUGCCUUUCAUGUUUUAUGUAGAGAAGAAUAAAUCGUUG